AUGGAUCGACCGGAUCGAUUUAACAGUGGGGGCAGCUGGAUUCGCGAGGAUUCGGCAUCGACGCCAUAUGGUGGCCCCGACAGGAUCGGCUCAAGAUCGUCCAAGGCCCCGAUGAUUCCGGCUUUUGAGACGAUACAACUCAACGACAUGAAUGACCGGAUCCGGGCGUCCCCGCAGCUUGAGUCCAGGGAAGCACCAGCACGGAAGUCAACCGUGGAGUUUGCGGAUUGGUCAAAUCAAACGCGUACCUUCAACUCCCGGCAGUACUGGCCGACACGAACUAGUACAGUUGAUUCAGUGGAUUGGACCGAGAGGAAGAACGGCGGCGACUUUGCAGACUGGCGCCAGCAACCAACAGCCAUUGGGGAUACCCCCAAGGAAUGGCCAACUGUCAAGGUCGAGAAGGUACCAGCCCCUGAGUAUGACGAUGUCCCGAGAGAGCCAGAAUCGCAUUACAACCAGAACUUUCUCCACCCGCCUACGCCUUCACGAGAAAGCAUUCUGGGUGCAUUUUCGACUGAUGGCCACGAUAACGAUGACACCACCUCACUACGAUCCCGCCGACUUAGCGUCAACAUGGAGCAGAGCAGCCGCUUUGGCUGGUGGACACUAUGUCUUCUGCUGUUGGCACUGAUCAUGGUAAUCCUGGCUGGUUUCUAUUCGACAGGUUCGGCCACGGCCUUGAUGAAGGACAAAUUCUUCACGACGUCUUCGGCCAAUGCGAUUUUGAUCUUGCGAAUACUCACCGAGGCCUGCGCUCUCCUAAUGGCCGCCCUUGUCGUGGUCGUAGUGGAGGAUCUACAGUGGGCCCUGGCAUCGCGUCCAGAAGGAGUCAGCCUGUUGCACUUUGUUGGCAUGGACUCAGGCACGGGCGUCUGGGGUCUGUUGCGUCUGCUGGCGACGGCUGACUGGAAACAAAAGUACUCCAGCCUCUUUCGUCUCAUGGUCAUUUGCACCAUCCCACUACCGGGUAUCAUCCUGAUGGGUGACAUCGCCAUCGAGCUCGUCUUCUUCCCGCAGGAUACCUACCCCAUUUCCGCCGGCAUUGGCGAAUUCAAUGCCUCUUAUAUUAGCCACAUUGACUCCGUGUCGUCCACGGCUUUGCUGGUGCAGAUGGGUACCCCGGCAUGGUCAGACCGAGACUCAUUCAGCAUGGAUUCUCUUGGCCGCGGAGAGGGCCUCUGCACAGUUUCAGCCACUGAUCAUAGCUGGACGCCCUGUGCCGAGUCGCACUUGUUAACCGGUGGCAUCGUCAGCAUCUCACCGCAGAAGGAUGACCUCACCAAGUUGCCGGAUUCGACAGCCUACGUGGUCCCCAAGACACGCAUUUUGCAUCUUGAAUAUGGCACAGUGCACGACAUCGAUGGUCUAUAUGACAACGGCAACUGCUACCUGAUCGGCACAGCAGCAGCAGCUUCGUACUGGUGUACUGCUGUGGGAUCAGACAAGGAGCUACUAUUUGGUUCCUCGUACUGCCCACUCGCUGUACAAGCCAAGAAAGCCUGCCUAGAGGACACCACGUGGUGGAGCCCACUUGUGAUGGUGUCAUCUCUCUUUGUCUAUGACCGCUACGGCACGGUGAACUACGACCGAGGAAACUUCUCCAUCCUCUCCGUCACCAAUUUAACCCCUCCCGUGCAGAAAAUCGUCAAGCUGGAAGAGUACAUGCUAGCGCUGUCCGCAGUGGUCCCGGGCUUCAGCCCCGCGACGACAACGAACAGCAGCACCAUCCCCAACUCCAAGUCCACCAUGAAGGGCGACAACUCCGCACUCGCUGUCUACGCCGUCACCGCGCUUCCGAUCAACGACAACGAGGUCGCCAAGAAGCUGAGCCUGAAGGCCAUCAGGAAGGCCAUGAGCGUGCCCUUCAACUACUUCCACGCCAACUACUUCUCUAAGCCGUCCAUCUUCGAGCUCGACACGCCACGCAAGGGCCUGAGCGACGACAUGUACACGACCCUGUCCCUCGCUAUCAUGAGCCACCAGGUCAUCGCGGGCUCGACCUCGCGCUGGCUCUUCGGCCUCAUAUCGGGCGUGCUGUUGACACUCUGCACUGCCAUGAUCAUCGCCACCGCCCGCAUCUCUAAGCGCCGGCCCCAGCGCUGCGGGUACCCCACGCUCGACUUCGCCGCGGUGUGCGCCGUUAAGGGCGGCAUACCACAACCACCGAGCAACGAGGAGGAGAGGGGACCCGGCGGGCAUCACGGGCUACAUCGGAGCCUGACGCAGCUGGGCCAGCAGCCCGCUGCAUUCCAAGUGGCUAGCAAGAUUAAAGGUGAAAGAGUCGUGCUGGGGCGGUAA